AUGUCUUCUCUGACUUAUAUCAACGAACAAGGCGCUGGUCAGAAAUAUAGCGACCUAUGCCAUUUUUCCCAGGCAGUGGUGUUAGGGAACAUCGUCAAAUGUUCCGGACAAGGCGGUUGGGAGCCGUCUGGCGCUCUGAAUGCUGAAGAUAUUCCCAGUCAAGUGGAACUCGCUUUCCAGAACGUGGACAGGGUGCUACAAGCUUCGGGUCUCCGUGUCUGGGAAGACGUUUAUUAA